CUUCUAUUUAGGCUGGCGGUGUCCUCGCACUGUAGACGAAGACGUUGUAUUUCUAUGUCCGACGCAGUCGCAUGAGCAGCAAUCUGUGUUUAUUUCGGGGGGAAAUAAAGAUACUGGACUUUCACUGCAGUGCGAGAGAGUAAACACGUACUGUCCAGGGACCAGUCUCACCUGCAUAUCUCUAGAGUUCGCCGUUACACGACAAAACCAACGGAGAGGUCAUCUCAUAUAAAAAAUCUGUGGAGACCUCAGUGGAAGAUGGGUUCUCUCUCCGCUAUAUCUCUUCUCUUUGUGGGAAUAGUUGUUGUCCCAGCCCUGGCCGGAUACAUUGAGGCUCUGGCUGCUAAUGCAGGCACUGGCUUUGCCGUGGCCGAGCCCCAGGUGGCCAUGUUCUGUGGGAAGCUGAACAUGCACGUGAACAUCCAGACCGGCCGCUGGGAACCCGACCCUUCUGGAACCAAGAGCUGCACAGAAUCCAAAGAGGGCGUGCUGCAGUACUGCCAGGAGAUGUACCCUGAGUUGCAGAUCACAAAUGUGGUGGAAGCCAACGAGCAAAUCAAGAUUGAGAACUGGUGCAAGAAGGAGAAGAAGCAGUGCAAAGGCCACUCCCACAUUGUGGUCCCCUUCAAAUGCCUAGUGGGGGACUUUGUGAGUGAUGUCCUCCUGGUCCCUGAGAAGUGCAAGUUCUUCCACAAAGAGCGCAUGGACAUGUGCGUCAGCCACCAGCAGUGGCACGGAGUGGCCAAGGAGGCCUGCAUCAAGAGUAGCAUGGUGCUGCACAGCUACGGCAUGCUGCUGCCCUGUGGCAUCGACAAGUUCCACGGGACCGAGUACGUGUGCUGCCCCUCCAGCCGGCCCGAGGAGCCCGCACCGCCCGCCCUGCCCGCUGAGGUAGAGGGCGACGAGGAUGAAGAGGACAUGGAGGUGGAGGAGCCCGAACCUGAGAAUGAUGAGCCCAUUGAGGAGAGUGAGGCCCCAGCCAAUGAGCAACUCACACAGAAGGAGGACACUGCCGAUGAGGAAGAAGAGGAGGAUGACGAUGAUGAUGAUGACUACCACUACGUUUAUGAAGAUGAGGAGGAGGACCGUGACAGCAUGGAGAAGCAAGACAAGAAAGACAAGUCUGCUGAGAGCCCCGACGAUGACGACGAAGAUGAUGAUGACGAGAUUGAAGAUGAUGAUGAUGAUGAUAAAACUCUGGAGGAUGUUAAGGCCGUGUGCUCUCUGGAAGCGGAGACUGGCCCCUGCCGUGCCUCCAUGCCGCGUUGGGCCUUCGACAUGCGCCAGAGGAAGUGCGUGCGCUUCAUCUAUGGAGGCUGCGCCGGCAACCGCAACAAUUUCGACUCCGAGGAGUACUGCAUGGCCGUGUGCAAGCGCCUGAUUACUCCCACCACACCUCAGCCUACCGAUGAUGUGGAUGUGUACUUCGAGACCCCAGCCGACAACAGGGAGCACAGCCUCUUCCAGAAGGCCAAGGAGCAGCUGGAGAUCCGCCACCGCAACCGCAUGGAGAGGGUGAGGAAAGAGUGGGAGGAGGCCGAGCGCCAGGCUAAGAACCUGCCCAAAGGUGACCGGCAGACACUGGUCCAGCACUUCCAGAAGAUGGUGGAGUCUGAGGAGGAGGCCGCCAGUGAGAAGCAGCAGCUGGUGGAGACGCACUUGGCGCGGGUGGAGGCCAUGCUGAAUGACCGCCGCCGCCUGGCCCUGGAGAACUACCUGGCCGCCCUGCAGGCAGACCCACCCAAGCCCCACCGCAUCCUGCAGGCGCUGAAGAGGUAUGUGCGUGCAGAGAAUAAGGAUCGCCAGCACACCAUCCGCCAUUACCAGCACGUCCUGGCUGUGGACCCAGAGAAGGCUGCCCAGAUGAAGUCCCAGGUGAUGACACAUCUGCGUGUGAUCGAGGAGAGAAUGAACCAGAGCCUGUCACUGCUUUACAAAGUGCCCUACGUCGCAGAUGAGAUCCAGGAUGAAAUCGAUGAACUGCUUCAAGAGCAGAAGGCUGACAUGGACCAGUUCCUGUCUUCCAUCUCCGAGUCUCAGCCAGAUGUCACCAUGUCAUCAGAGGAGAGUGUGGAGGUCCCCACCUUUGAUGGCAAACCCUUCCAAGUCAACUCUCUGGGGUCCCACCCUGAGCCAGAGGGCUCUGGAAUGUCUGGGAUAAACGGGCUGAUCGGCGCAGAGGAGAGAAUCAUCAACAGCAAGGGCAGCAAGGGCAGCGACAAAGUGGUGAUUGAUGAGACUCUGGAUGUUAAAGAAGUGAUUUACAGUGCAGAGAAAAUCAGCGUUAUGCAUGAUGAUGAGAUGGAAACCUUCCGUCCUCUUGGGGAAGACUUCAGCUUUGGGAGCAGUGCUCUCAUUGGCCUGCUUGUUAUCGCAGUGGCCAUAGCAACUGUGAUUGUGAUCAGCCUGGUUCUGCUAAGGAAGAGACAGUAUGGCACCAUCAGCCACGGCAUUGUGGAGGUUGAUCCUAUGCUCACUCCUGAGGAGCGUCACCUCAGCAAGAUGCAGAACCACGGGUACGAAAACCCAACCUACAAAUACCUGGAGCAGAUGCAGAUUUAGUAUGGGAGAACAUGUGGCACUGUGUAGAUGGGGAGGAGUAAGGCUGUGGAGAGGGGAACAUACUACUGACCAAUAACAAAACUGCUCUUGUUCAAAAUCAUUUCAUGCAUCAGAAAUGACUAUUCUGGUCCAUUUAAAAACAAUUCUUAGAUAAUGCUACUACUUCUACUGUUGUAUCAUUGAGCUAUGUUUUACUAUUUUACUUUUAUCUUUUUAAAGCCGCUGUAUCUGAGAUUUUAAUUUUUUGAAAAUGUGAUUCUGCAAAAUUCUCUGUAAUUACACACAAAUAUCAGAGUUAGAUCCGUUGCUAUCUUGUUUUAAAUGUUUUUCUCUCAUUUGUAAAAAUGCAAAUCAGACUAAACCGAUUUGAAAUAGUGAAAUAUUACUAAAUGAGAAACAAUCAACAGCAAGACAUUGCCUGUUCUCUGUAAAAACUCCUCAGAUGUCCCGCUGAUGGUCAACUCAUUCAGAAGGUCUUUUUCCUUUUCGAUAGAUUGCUUGUAUAUGAAGAUUCUUUGUACCGACCUAAAUGUAUAGUGAAAGAAAUGAGAAAAUAUGAUAAGAAAAUCACUGAAUUCAUUUACUUUGUUUUUUAUUAUUAUAAACAAAUCUAUCUAUCUGUCUGUCUAUACAUAUAUAAAUAUAUAUGAAAAAGUAGGUGUUUUCUUCAACACGGUUCUUGUUUUGCAGAGCUAAUGUGCUGGCUGAGGUACUGAUUUCAAGUGGUGUGACCUAAGAGAUGGUCACGUGGGUUGUGAAGGUGAAAAGCCAUGAGAGAGGUUUAUGCAUAAGGGUUCAGGCCUCCAGUCUUCCAUGUUGACUAGUGCCGUUUAUUAUUUUCAACUUUAUGAGUAGGGAUCACUCCUCAUGUCACAAACUCACAGCCAAUGUGUCCUUCAUGAGAUAAAUUAGAACAAACCUUUGUGCAAAUAUACCAACCAACUAGUCUUUUCCCCUAAUGGGACAUGAAUUUUUAUUUUGGUAUGGUAUUAUUCCAUAAACAUACAUGCAUACACACAAGCAUGCACACAUGUACCUAAAUGUCAAGUGUAUAUACAACAUUUGCUUGUUAGAUGUUUGCUGGAGUUACUGGUGACUCCCUAUUGCUUUCUUAACAAUGCCAUCUGUAGGUGAGGACGGAGACUGUGUAAUUUGCCCCAUCCAAAUGAAGAAAUGCCUACAACGUAAAUUGGAUAUAAAUGUUUUUUCAAAAAGUGACAUUUCAUGUUUUACACUUUGUAGUCAACUUAAAUGCACCCCAAAAAGAUGAAGCUGGAGGCCUGGACAAGAUCAGAGCUUUACUGAUUGUUCUGGAUAAUUUCAAGUGUGUGUAUUUAUGCAGUUCAAGGAUGCACAGAAAGAGUUCAAUCAUUUUUUUUCCUCUCCUAGUAAUGUCUUUGUAUGCCUGUAUAGUUGAUGUUGCAAUCAUGAGUUUUAUGGAGGACAACCUGUGGUGUGCAUUGUUCUUAUAUGAAAUGAUAUAUAUUUUUAAGUUUGUUCUCUUUUUUUCUAUUUUUUUUUCUCUUCCUGUGACAGUAUCUCUGUAUGUGACUGUCUCACUAUGCACCCAAAAUGGCUUCAAUCUUGAAUCUUGUAAUUGCCUGUUUGAUGGUUGAUUGGCUUGAGGAGUGACAACAACUAAUCCAAGGGGAAUACAUCAGUUGAGAAAUAGGUGGACUCCAGUUGAAAUUGAUUUGGUUGCAGGGGGAAACACAUAAAUAAACUCACUACUUCCAUUUA